AUGUUUGGCAACGUGGACAUUAAACAACUGCUGGCAAGCAAUCCACCAAGGAUUAUCAUCAAUCAAACGGAACGAGGUGCAGAUGCCCUGAGCCAACAACCAACAACAACAUCCUCGGUUGCGGAUAAAACUGUAAAAAAAACCAAAACACAUCUUAAUAACAGAGAGCGAACGGGAUCCGAAAGUGACAUCAGGGACUAUCUGAAGCGUAAAAGGGACGCAGAAAAGGACCUAGACACUUCCGGGACAGAAUUGGAGUUUAAUUAUCAGCCAUCUAAAAAAGUUGACAGCUCUAAAAACAACAACGAAACAAAUAAGAUAAGUACCGCUCAAAUCACCCACAUUGAACCCUCAACUGCCCCAUCACCUAUUGUUACAGAUCAGAAUAUCACUUUUAAUAUGGAUGAUGAUAUGUUAAAAAUACUUCAAUCCUUAACUGCACAAAUCAGCAUGAUGAGGACAGAAGCGACAACCAACGUCAAUAAGCUCCAAACCCAAAUCUUAGACUCUCAGAAGAACAAUGCUGAAGCUAUCUUGGAGAUUAAAAAUGACAUUAAAAAGGUCGUAUCUUCGUGGAAUAGUAAGUGGUUAGAUGUCCAAAAGAAACAGUCGGAGCUCGAGAACGAAAUUACAAAUCUAAAAGAGCAGCUGAAAAAUAAAACUACUGAAGCAGGAAAUUCGGCGGAUAAAAAGUCAAAUGACUUACUGUUUCUAGCUGAUAAAAAACUAAAGAAGGUGGAACAAUUAAUAUAUGAUCAAGAAAAAGAAGCCAAAAAAAUGAAUAUUAUUAUUAAGAACCAUGACUGGGAACCUACCCAGGUCCAAGAGAAAACCACAAAAUUUCUCGAGGAGAAGUUUAAUACCAGGGCCGAAAUAGUCAAUAUACAACCUGUAGAUAAAGCAGGUAAGUUGAUACGCGUCAAACUUAGCACCCAGAAAGCCAAAGAAAAAAUAAUGACUGACAAAGCUAUGGUGCUGAAAGGAAACAAGAUCUCCAUCGUCAGGGAUCUUACAUCGCGAGAACUGGAACAAAGAUCGAAUCUCAUCAAAAUUAUGAAGGAAAAAACUGAACAAGGCCAGAAAGCAGAGAUAAGAGGUAACAAAAUCAAAGUUGGUGAUACUUGGCAUUACUGGGACAGCAAUCUAAACACUUUAAAAACAGCUCAGCCGCUGAAGCAAAGGGUAGUACCCAAUAAUCAAUCUCCUAGCAAACGAAAUCCAAAAAACUAA